AGAGAGAGGGGGGCGGGGGGGGGGAUGGCAGAGACUGCGGUCCUUCCUCUAGCACAGAAACUAGGUGCUCUAUCAACCGAUGAAGCAAAGUAUCUCUCACAGUUGAAGCCAGAAGUGGAGUCACUCUACACACAACUCCACAUGAUGAAAGCUUCUUUGAAGGAUGCAGAUGCAAUACUGUACAAAAGCGAGCGGGCUAAAGAGUGGGUAAAACAACUCAGAGAGUUGGCGUUCCAGGCAGAAGAUGCCAUCGACAUGUUUGUAUACAAAGUGGCAGCACAGAAUCAGCCGGAUAACAUUGUUCAGAAAAUCAUCAAGUUCCUAAAACUUCUUAUUGAUUCUCAUCAGCUAAGAGUAAACAUUGAAGAUAUCAAAGGAAAGCUCAAAAGGCUUUUCGAUGAAAGAACAAGUUUUGAUAUUAAGGCUUUAGGGUUGUUUGAUAUUAAGCCACCCCCUUUAGUAUCUACUCAAGCACAUCAACCUGAGCCUAUCGGUAUCGUCGGCUUUGAUACCGAAGCAGAAGAGCUUGCGAACUUGCUGAUGGAAAAAGAGCCCCUUAAACCUUUCGGUGUUGUCUCAAUUACCGGCAUGGGUGGAUUAGGAAAAUCUACCCUUGCUAGAAAAAUCUUCAAUAGAGAUGAUGUGAAAAGGCACUUUGAUUGUCAAGCCUAUGUUACCAUAUCAAAAAAUUAUAGUACAUGUGGUGUUCUAUGUAAAAUCAUAAAACAAGUCAUACCGGGGCUCACAGGAGAAGAGAAAAGGGCAUUGGCAUUAGAGAAGGGUGAAAUUUUGGAGGAAAAGCUUUAUGAGUGUCUUAAGAAGAAGAAGAAUUAUCUCCUUGUAUUGGAUGAUGUUUGGAAGAAAGAAGAUUGGGAUAAUCUGGCACGCACCUUCCACGUUCCAUGUGACGGCCAACAGUACAGAGUGUUAUUGAUAACUCGUGAAGAAGACGUAGCCCGGCAUGCUGACCUGAAUGCUUAUCCGUACAAGAUAAAAGUAAUGGAUGAAAAGAAUAGUUUAAGACUUUUCUGGAAGGUGUUCUUCCGAUCCCAAAAUGACAAAUACAUUGAAGCAUGUCUCAACCAUCUCAAUAAGGAAAUGGAAUAUCUGGCAAUGGAUUUUGUUAAGAAGUGUGAUGGAUUACCGCUUGCUAUUGUUGUAUUGGCAAGCCUUUUAUCCGAAAAAGAGCCAAGAAACUAUAAUGAAUGGAAGAAAGUGUUGGACCGUGUGAACUGGCAUCAAGGCACAAGCAACUAUGGAGAGGUAUUAAGUCUAAGUUACACCGAAUUACCUUUUCACUUGAAGCCUUGCUUUCUUUAUUUUGGGCUUUUCCCACAAGAUAUUGAGAUCGAGAGGGACAGAUUGAUUCGGCUAUGGGUUGCAGAGGGAUUUUUGGAACCAAGAGAGAAUUCAAAAAUGGAAGAUGUGGGCAGAGAGUGCCUUAGGGAGCUCAUGCAAAGGAACCUGAUCCAAGUUGGCAAGUGGAAAUCAAAUGGGGUACCUCAAUCCUUUAUUAUUCAUGAUCUCCUCUUGAACUUGGCAAUAUCAGAAGCUGAGGAAGGUAACUUUCUUAAUAUCUCCACUCCUCACAAGUCCUUGAAUUGUUACCGUCGUGUAGCGCUCCAUUAUAAGUGUGGUGAAAAUAAUAUGCCUAAUGCUUCGUACCAUUCCUCUUCAACUUCUUCAAAUCUUCUCCGUUCAUUACUCUGCUUCACUGAAAUGCCCCCUUCUUAUUGUGGACGGUUCAAACUACUUAAAGUGUUAGAUCUAGAGGAUGCCCCAGGUAUUGAAAGCCUACCCCAAGAAAUAGGAAAGCUCAUUUUUCUCAAGUACUUAAGCUUAUGUAGAACCACCUUGAAAACUCUUCCACCUUGGAUUGGCAACUUGUAUAACCUACAAACUCUCAAUCUAGUUGCUACCAUGAUUGAUGAAUAUCUCCCUAUUGAAAUAUUAAAAUUGGACAAGUUAAGGCAUCUUCUAUGCUUUAGAAUUAUACCGAAGUGGAGAUUUGAUGAUUCCAUCACUAAGAGUGAUAUUGGGAUUAAUUGUGGAUGUUAUCCUCGUCCUCGUCCUCCUCCUACUAGAAACCUCGGAGAUCUAGGUCAUCUCCAAACACUUUGGCUUCAAGCAGGUGAUUGGAUAGAGGAUGGUCUCGAAAAGUUGACUGACCUUAGAGACCUGAAUAUUCAAGGACAACACAUGGAGAAUUUCAAGGAGGCAUUGUCCAAGGCCCUAGCCAAAUUUGUGUGCCUCGAGGUCCUAGCCUUGGGAGAAAUUGGAGAUGGCCAAAUAUUUCUCCCUUCAUUUUCGGAUCAUGUGUAUCUCUAUCAUAUCAAUAUUGCUGGAUGCAUACGGGAGCUACCUGACCUCAAAAACUUCCCACCAAAUCUCACAAGGUUGCAAUUGUAUGGUACACAGCUACAUGAAGACAUGAUGAAGACACUCGAGAAGUUGCCCCAAUUAAAGGACCUCUCAUUAGUUCAGCCAUACGAUGGAAUAGUGAUGAAAUGCUCUACAAGGGGGUUUCCUAAACUGGAGAGUUUGUCUCUCCAAUGGUUUGAUUGGCUAAAGAAUUGGACAGUCGAGGAAGGAGCAAUGCCUAAUCUAAGGAUAUUGGAAAUUAGUAACCUUUAUAGGUUAAAAUGUAUACCCAAUGGGCUUAGGCACAUCACAACACUACAAGAACUUACCUUGGCUAUGCCAAAGGAGUUCCUUGAGAAGGUUAAAGAAGGUGGAGAAGAUUGGGAGAAGAUCAAACAUGUACCUUCCAUCAAUUCAAGGGAAGUUACUAGAAAUUCCACUACAAAUAUCCCAGGAACGUCUAAUCCUAGUACAUUGACAUGGUGAUGUGUUGCUUUGAAGAGAUGAAACUCUUUACAGAAGAUGCAAAAGAAGGAGCUGAUCUACUUCAAACAUGAAGAGGAAUCCAUAUGGCCAUGGGAAUGACUCCAGAUCAUAUAUCAUAAAUAACCAAGUUAAUUUCUCAAGUUGGGUCAUGUCAGAAUAAUAUAUUUCCAAGUCUUUUAAAUUAUUAGCUAAUAGUAUUGCCAAAGGUGUAUGUUUGAUAAAGUUUGGGAAUUUCGAUUUCAUGGAUGUCUUUGUCCUGUUGGGAUGUUUUAAUGUUGUGGGUUUGAAUCCAUUUACAAAGUCGCGAGUCCUACAGUAUGGUUAGUAGUAUUUUCCAUUUUGUUGUUGCUUCCAGAGAAUAAAAAAAAAAAAAAUGCACUUGCCUUUUA